UCGCUCUGACGCGGCCCUGGCUCUCUCACUCAGUCCAUGUGGAACCUUCCGUCACUUCCGGGUAAAGAUGGCCGCCUCCAUAGCAGCACGGGCAGGGAAUGUCCUGGGGAGUUUCACAGCCAAGAGCGCUCUGCUCCGUACAGCCCAGGGUGUUCAAGUGAGCUCCAGAAGAUGGCUGAACCUGCAGGAAUAUCAAAGCAAAAAGCUGAUGGCAGAUCAUGGGGUCACAGUUCAACGGUUCUUUGUUGCCGACAAUGCCAAUGAUGCUCUGGAUGCAGCAAAAAGACUAAAAGCCCGGGAAAUUGUGCUAAAGGCGCAAAUCUUAGCUGGAGGAAGAGGCAAAGGAACGUUCGACAGCGGGCUGAAAGGUGGCGUCCAUUUAACUAAAGACCCCAACAAGGUAGAAGAACUAACAAAGCAAAUGAUUGGAUAUAAUCUCACCACAAAACAGACAGUGGCCGGAGGCGUGAAAGUCCACAAGGUAAUGGUUGCAGAGGCUCUGGACAUUUCAAGAGAAACCUACUUGGCUAUAUUGAUGGACCGAGCUUGCAAUGGACCUGUUCUAGUUGGGAGUCCUCAAGGAGGAAUGGACAUUGAAGAAGUGGCAGAGAAAACACCGGAACUUAUUUUUAAGGAGGAAAUUGACAUCUUUGAAGGCAUAAAAGACAGCCAAGCGUUGCGGAUGGCGGACAAUUUAGGAUUUAAAGGACCCCUUCAACAGCAGGCCGCCGAGCAAAUUAAGAGGCUGUACCAUCUCUUCCUGAAAGUGGACGCCACGCAAGUUGAGGUCAACCCAUUCGGAGAAACGCCAGAGGGACAAGUUGUGUGCUUUGAUGCCAAGAUUAACUUUGAUGACAAUGCAGAAUUCAGACAAAAGGAAAUCUUUGCCAUGGACGACACCUCUGAGACGGACCCGAUAGAGAACGAAGCCAACAGUUACGAUCUGAAGUAUAUCGGCAUGGAUGGAAACAUCGCUUGUUUUGUAAAUGGCGCGGGCCUUGCAAUGGCCACAUGUGACAUCAUUGACUUGCACGGAGGAAAACCGGCCAACUUCCUUGAUCUUGGUGGUGGUGUGAAGGAGUCACAAGUAUACCAAGCCUUCAAGCUGCUCACUGCCGAUCCCAAGGUUGAAGCAAUCCUUGUCAACAUAUUCGGAGGGAUUGUUAACUGUGCAAUUAUAGCUAAUGGGAUAACGAAGGCCUGCAGAGAGCUGGAACUAAAGGUUCCUUUGGUGGUCAGACUGGAAGGAACAAAUGUCCACGAAGCCAAGCGUAUCCUGGCAGAGAGCGGGCUGCCCAUUACCUCCGCCAACGACCUGGACGACGCAGCCAGAAAAGCCGUGGCGAGCAUAGCGAAGAAUUAGCCGCCUUUGCCCGUUUCUACCAGGAACUCAAACUCCGUAUCGGAAUAGCGGAACAUCUGAUAAUGAAUGUACUUGAUUUUAACCCACAAAUGUUUAUAUCUCUAAAUUUCUAGUAUGAGUGAUUAUGGGUGUCGUUAAUGUUGUUUAAAGUGGGGGUGGGCCACCAGGGGGCCCCCUAACACUGGGAGCUUCAGGUCCUUCAUGUCGAUGGUUGGACAUCCCUGAUUUAAACUGUAAUUGGUCACUAAUUUUAUACGGGGAAUGAUACAAUAACUGUCGGUUCUACGUGCAAUUCCGGAUGUUUUUCUAGUGUAUGAGCCAAAAACGUCGUUUUAUACGGUGCUGAAAGCCAAUAGCCUUGUUCCGUGCACUGUGGGGUCACUAGGUGCCAAGGGGGUGUUCAUUUCUAAUUUUAUUUACAAAAAUAGUUUCAUAAUGUUUAUUCCUGUGGGUGAAACUUAUAAACCCAUUAGGAAAUUCUACAAUAUGCCACCAAUGGAGUCCAGUCCAGAGAGCCGCCAUCUUGUUGGGGAGCUAGAGUAGGAAGCUACAGGGUUUCUGGUGGUUGUGAUGAUUACAUACCUCCCACCUAUCCCUGGGAGGCGGGCCCUGGCCUUUUUAGAUGGGAAUAUUGGGGGGAGUGUAUAUAGGAUAUAGUCAUUACACAAGGAGCACUUUUGUAUCUUUCUCAUACUGUAUUAAACAGGCUACUAUCCUGUGUAACCUACACUGAGACGGGCCAGGUUGUCUCAAACACAUCUCUAUUUUUAACGAUUGUCUACUUUUUCCGUAUUCCGUCCAUAGCCUUAACAUCUUCUAACUGUGCCAUCAAGACAUGUAGUCAUGCCUAAAUAAAGGGGGUGUGCCCUAAAUGUUGUCCACAGCAAUCCAAUCAGAUGUGUUCAACUGUUAUUUUCAGUCAGUGGUUCCCAAACCUUGAGCCUGAAGAAGUGGUGGCAGGGAAUUAGUAAAAGAUCUGGGGAUAAUGCCUAUUGGUCCUCGUAGUUACUUUAGAGUCCAUCCAGGAGCUCAGUGAGUGUGAGAUUUGGGGUGAAAACCCCAAAUCUCAUAUAUUCUUGAGACUAUGUAAUGACCUAAGUGGAGCCCUGACCAAGGUUGGACCUUCCAAGUAGGGUUUGGACUGGAAAAGCCCAACAACCACGACUAAUUACUCUAUUUCAUAGCUGCUGAUUGGUUGCUAUGGGUUAAUGAGUUGGGGGCAAACUUUUCCCUGUUUUCUAAUGGGUUUUGUUAAUGUUCCGCAAGAAACCUCAACCUUGGGUCCAUCCUGUGCUGCUGGUCUUCAGGAAUAUUUUUUUUAAUGUCUUCUGUCAACCACUUUACAUCUAAACUUUUAGGAGUGACAACUUUGCCUUUUUUAACAGACACUUGAAGCAAAUAAAUGAGUAUUGCCUUGGCGGCCAUUGUC